UGAAUGAAGAUAAGGAUGUGUCAGACCCUGGGAAUGAGAACAUGCUGUUUGGCCCUUCAAGGCAAUUUCCUUUCAAGUCCCAGCCCUCUCCAGAUGGCAUCUAAUUGUUUCUUGAAUGACCUCAGUGUCCAGGCUGCAGGAACCUGGUCUGAGAAGCCAUUUCACAUAUUUAUUAGCCUGUGGAUGAGAACUUACUAUAUAAAGCCCCCAUUCACACUCUCAAAAGAGCUUUUUGUACAGAAGAAAUAAGGAAGCUGAUGGACUGUUUCCUGUGACCACCAAUCUUCAGCUGGAUUCUUAUUUUUACCAGGCCCAGGUGGGUGUAUUUGGAAGGGGUCUGUGUGGUCCAGCUGAGUCCAUCCUGGUUCAGUGCCCUCCUCUCUGUCUUCUCAUGGUCUCUACAUGAAAGCCUUGACAGAACAGAGUCAAGUCCCCUUACCUCCUGGUUUCAGGAUUACUUGAACAGAGUACGGGUGGUGUGAGUUAGUUGGGAAUUACUGCAUUCUGGAAGCCUCUCCCAGUUUGGAAUCCCAGCUAUUUCAAAGUUUGAGAGAGUAAAAUGACUCCUUUUUUUUUUUUUUUUUUUUUUUGAGAUGGAGUCUCGCUCUGUCACCCAGGCUGGAGUGCAGUAGUGCAAUCUUGGUUCACUGCAAGCUCCGCCUCCUGAGUUCACGCCAUUCUCCUGCCUCAGCCUCCUGAGUAGCUGGGACUAGAGGCGCCCACCACCACGCCUGGCUAAUUUUUUUGUAUUUUUAAUAGAGAUGGGGUUUUACCAUGUUAGUGAGGAUGGUCUUGAUCUCCUGACCUCAUGAUCCGUCCUCCUCGGCCUUCCAAAGUGCUGGGAUUACAGGUGUGAGCCACUGCGCCCGGCCAUAAAAUGACUCUCAGGGCCAAAGUGGGAAGCAGCCCUAAUUCAACCAGAGGCUGGCAAGGCUGGCUCACCUGGUGAGGAGCAUGACUUCUGUGUGGCCUGUCAUCCCUCACGCCUCUGCAGUUCUGAACUAUUUUUGGGGAGACAGGGAAGGGCCUCUACCUUCUUGCAAAUACCAUGAACAAGAGCCACGUCUCUAGAAAUAUGCAUGCACACUUACUGCACAUCUUAGUUCUGGGUGUUUGUGGACCCCAGGUUGAGAAUCCCUGAGCUAUCUCCAAAUGUUCAUUGGGCCUCUAUCAUGUUCAGGCAUUCCAAUGAUGACAAUAAGACAUGGGUCAUGAGGCCAACAGACAAGGGCACUAGUCAUUUUAAUGAGUGCUUCAGUUGCUGAACCCUGGAGGACAGGGUUGGAGCUAGGGCUUCUUACUGGGGUAGGUAGAAUAAUAGCAAGGGGAGAAGGAAACCCCUAUGGGCCCACACAGACUGAGAGCAGGGGCUCCCAAAUUUCCAGGCCGUGUCUACCUAAGGACUGUCUAAGGAGCACAUUUGGGAAGAUUUGAAUGUGAUUUGGAGAUGAUGUAAACGUCCUGUCCUUUGACCUGGAAAGAAGUCAUGAGGGUUGCCCUCGCAGGUGACUGUACCGUGAAAAGCUCACCUGGCCUCAGUAAGGGAAUGUCUCAGCCAAUAUCUCUAAAUUGGGUCCCGUGGCCUUCCACAUAGCAGAAUAGCCUUUUGGAAACAUCCUCCAAGAGCUGCGGAUGGUGCUGAUGCCACAUAAGCAGGGCUGAGAAUGCAGUUGGUUUGUGCUUUCCCCUGGCUGGGAGGUGCUGGGUGUGGGAGCAGAACUCACCCCUACACCAGUGGCACGGUACAUUCCCACAACAUGAAUCCCUCUCCCUCUUCCUAGAGGCAAAUUCAUGUAUCGUUAUCCUUGAAAACUCAAGACAACUCAGUUAUUUCCAUGGAAGUCCCUGGAAUAGACUGCAAAACACCAUUAAUUUCCAUUCAUUGCUGACACAUGAGUGUACAACCCUGUUAUUAAUGGGUGUAUAAUAUGCAUGUUUUCAUGUAACAUCAGUUCAUAUUGGCUCCUUGUGGCAUUUCUCAGAUACAGAGAUCACAUUUUAUACAUAUAAUCUCCAACAGAGCCAGACACAGUAUGUUACAUCUCCAUCUCAAGUUUUAAUCUUACACUGAUAAGGUGAGCCUGUAAACCCAAAUUGAUGGUGUGAGCUAGGAAACUUACCUCUGGGAAGGGCAGGGGUGGCGUGGCCUGGGAUGAUGACUACUUCUGGGAAGGAAAACAUUUUUAGGACCUUAGUCUCUUGCAUCUGCUUCUCUCAGCACUUUGACCGCAUUCUCUUCCAUCAGCUUCUUUAUGCAGUGAGGGCCUGGCUGUGGGCUGCUCUAGGCUUAUAUUCUUAAAGCUUGUGGUCCAAGGGGAAAAGGGGAUGUCUCUCUCAGCCCUAGUUUGAAAAGUCUCAGGGAAGGACUCUGUUUGGUCUCAUGUCAUUCACCUGCUUACUCUUGGACCAUUCAGUGUUCUGUAUUCUGAUUGGCUCACACAUCCAUUAAAAGGAUGAAUACACAUGCUACUCAGUAAAGCUUUUAAAUAUAAUAGCCACCACCUACUAUCUAUACCAUUCCCCACCCGCUACAUUUUUAGGAUCAGAAGUAUAUUCUGCUAUAUUUCUAUUAUCUCUAUUCAGGAUACAUAUAUAAAAUGUUGAGACAUGAAUGCUAAGUUUUACGAAAAAAAAAAAAUCUUUUCAAGUCCUAUUCCCGUCUUUCCCUAGUUUAUCUCCCUCCUGGUUUAUGUACUGGAUACCCAUUGCCUCCAAGUUUGCCAGAUUUGCUGCUGUUACAGAGAAGUUAUGGGCAGGGGGUGGGGGUGUCCAGAGGGGCUGUGGAUCCCCAGCCCAUCUAUAGCUUGUCCUUGGACGGAUUCCCACAUCUUAUCACAAGUGACCCAACCGGGAGUCCUGGUGUUCCUGGAGAGUUACCCAGAUGGGUUUCUGCUGCUCUCCCUAGUAAUUCUCCCUUCCUCCACCCAGCCCUUCCACCCAUUUGGAUAUACACUGCAAGGCGUACCCAAAUCCUUGAGCCACUGGCAAAGGAAUUUAUUGUCCCCACCUUGGCACCAGGAAGGGCAAAUAUUGACCUUCUGGAUGUCACUCCUGCAGACAGCAUUGUGCUUGGCAGUCGACUACGUUAGGAAGUGAAGAAACUGGCCGGCAGUCAGUGAGGUCCUUCCAUGCACGGAACCCUCUGAAUUGGCCUCUUCCUGUAGAGGAAGGGGUACUGUUUGUGUUUCCAUGUGACAAAGGCGGUCCCUUAGCCCUUCUUGUGCAGCAAGCCUUUGUUGCCUCCUGGUUCUUCUCAGAUUCUGACGUCAGCAUCCAUCUGUCCCAGCCCUGCCCUUUCCUUUCAGCUGUGAGCGGAAUAGGACCUCUGAUGGACUAUUGCAGAUGAGAUCUGCUGUCUGUGUUGCCAAGAGUAUCUGUCCCUCUGUUGGAGGGAGGUCUGCCUUUCAGAUUUGCAUAAGAUAAAGCACUUCUGGUGACCAGGUGUUCUCCGUGCUUCCCUCAUCACACCAGAUAGAGCCAGCCAUUCUGAUUCAUUGUUGUUUUAAUCAUUAACUUUAAGAGCUGUUUGAUCCCACAUGUGAAAUGGAGAUAGUAAUACUCCUCUCCUAGUGUGAGUAUGAAAUAGGACACUAUGGUAAAAGUUCUCUGUAGAAAUGCUGGCUCCUGGCCGGGCAUGGUGGCUUACGCCUGUAAUCCCAGCACUUUGGGAGGCCUAGGAGGGUGGAUCACAAGGUCAGGAAUUCAAGGCUAGCCUGGCCAAUAUGAUGAAACCGUGUCUCUAUUAAAAAUACAAAAAUUAGCCCAUCUCUACUAAAAAUACAAAAAUUAGCCAGGCAUGGUGGCAGGUGCCUGUAGUCCCAGCUACUCGGGAGGCUGAGGCAGGAGAAUCACUUGAACCUGGGAGGUGGAGGUUGCAGUGAGCUGAGAUUGCGCCACUGCACUCCAGCCUGGGUGACAGAGUGAGACUCCGUCUCAAAAACAAACAAACAAACAAAAACAAUGCGGCUUCUGGGGACCUUUCACACAGGGUGAGUGAGGUGAAACGAUGUCUGUGACUGCUGCAGGCUUCAAGGCAUCUCUGAAGUCCAUGGUGAGGAGGGCUUGUUGAGAGUCAAACUUGUAGCUCUUCCAAUUUUCUGUCCUAAGUAUUAUAUGCAAACAAGGUCCUUCUACCCACUGAGUGAAGGGGUUCCCGUGCUGGUUAAAGCUGCUCCAGCGGCCAUAAGGAACUGCAAUACUACUUGCCUCAAGGCUAUCUAUCCCCUCCUGUUACCAGCUACAUCCCUGCUACAGCCCGGGUGUGUGCAAGGUGGCCAGCCAGGAUGCUUUAUUGGUCCUUACUCACUUCUGUGACCACCAGGGUAUUCUCACCUCCCUUCCCACACGCCACUGAAAGUCUUUCUGGAUCAGAAGGAAUUUUUUGGUCAUGUGACUCUUUGAGAUUGGUUAAAAGUCGUAACCCCUCUCCUCAAUGAACACAACAAUUUGUAUACAGUUUCUAGUGGCCCAUGGAAGCCCCAGUCCACCCCUAGGUUCAAAACUCCUCGUCUGGACUGAUUCUCACAGCUACUUUGGCAGGAUGCAGAAUUAUCCAGUAUGUCACUCAGAUGGUAAUGCCCAUGAUCAGCUUAUGACCAUGAAAAAGAGAUAUUUUCCCACUGAAAUAUUUUGUUUACAUGGCUAGAAUUUGCUUGACAACAGAAAAGCAAUUGAUAAGACCAUUUUCUCUCCAGACUGGAAUGGGUGGGGUUACUCCUGACUCCACCUCUCACCUGGUACAGACCCCGCCCUCUGCCCCAGGUUCCUGCCUUCCUAGGCUUGUUCCUAGGCUUCCUAGGCUUGUUCAUCCUUGCAGGCAGGUUCAUCCACUCAGCCACUUGGCAGCCUUUCUAGGUGGAGAUAGGGAUGGGUGGCUUUAGAAGAAUGCACUGUAACUCUGGCAGAUUCCUGCCAUUAGGGACUUGAGAGAAGGAGAUCUAGGCAGAAGGCAGUAUCUGGGAGGACACAGAGAGAAAGUCUAGAGAGGGCAGAGGGGUCACAGCAUCUGAGGAGCUAUACCAGACACGGUUGUAGUUCUAGAAUUGGUUGGUAUCAGACAACCCAGUAAUACAGGCCAGGGAAGUAUGAAGGAGUCGGCAUGUGAGAGGUGGUUCUCUGGGAAUGCUAAACACAUGUGGAAGAUCUGUUCCCAGGGCUGAAUUGCAGGGCCAGGGCAGGGGGAGGUGGGGCUGGAGGAGUGAAGAUCCUAUAGGGCAUCCAAUCAGGACUGAGGCUGAAGUCCAAUUCUGCAACCAGCUUGGUCCCAAGGCAAUGGGAAAGGAAAGGUACCACCUAGGCCCCAUAGGCAGAGGGGGCCCACAAGAUCCUCAGUCAGAUUGGCUCAGACAAGGGUGGUACAUGGAGAGCUGGUAGUUGUGGAUGAACCCAGGAGUCCCCUGGGUUAGGAUCAUGUGAGCAGAUGCUGUGGAUACACCUGCUGCCUGUUAACUCCUAACGUGACAGAGACUCUGGAGUAGAAAAUCCUGAGACAUCUGAGCAAGUAUGAUUAAAACCAUAUGUGGUAUUUUAAUAAGCAGUUUUAGAAUUUAAUGAGUAACAUAUAUUUUAAGGUGAAAAGCUUUUAGAAGUCUCCUUAUUAUACCAGCUCCUAAGUAUACCAGCUGGGAGCCAGCCAGUGGUCAGUGGCUCAUGGCAUGGGUGGGUGUCCACUCUCUUCUCGUGGCUACAGGCGUGGUUCCUGUAGCCCAGCGUGUGGGUGGGCAUGUGCCCUGCGAGUACAGUGGGGAAGAUGGGGUUUGUUGUCCCUUCCUUUGAAGGGGAAAGGAAGCUCAUGUUUGUUGAGUGCCUACUGUGUGUUGGGUGCCAGGCCCUCCGUGUGAUACCUCACUUGAUGCUUACAAUAAGUUGGUAAGUUUGGGGAGGAAACUAAGCCUCAGAGAAGUUAAUUAAUUCCCCAAGGUCACCCAGCUAGCUAGUGGUGAAGACCGGAACCCAUCCUGGCUCUCUAGCCUCCUACCUCCAGGGUGUGUUAUAGAGCCAUUUUGAAGACAAGCAGGUGUCUGUCUCACAGCUCAGUUUUGGAAGAUGCCAUUUUGCAGAGGUGCUUGUGAGACAGAGAACUGGCGCAGUGGAGAUGGGAGAGAGGCAGCUGUUCCUGGCUGGUAAGGCCUCCAGAGGGCCUCGCAGAUGCCCCUCUGCCCAUUUCUGCAGCACUCUGCAUGGGAGGGACCUCUGAAGGGCUUCGUGGUUGUUGCCUGUUAGUUGCUUACAUAGCUCAUGCCUACCAAAAGUGGAAGGAAAGGGAAAGAGAAAAGUGUACAGCAAAGAAAACCCAGGAGCUGAGAUGGCGGGAGAAGUAAGUGAUUGCUCCAGGUGUAAUUGCUUGCAUAGUAAGUGGAGAAGAAAAGGAAUCUUGGGAAGUAGGUAGUGAAUCAUCUUGGAUGGAUAAGACUCCAAGGGGUAUAUGGAUGGGCUUCAGUGGAUGCAAGAAUCCCCUGAAGCAGAGGUGUCCAAGAGGGAGAAUGGGUUCUUAGUUUCUGUUUCUGGUUGGGCCAGUAAAAGCCCCUUCCUCAUCCUUCUUUUCCACUUAUCACUAGAGACAGAAACUAAAAACCAUGGCUUUGGCCAGGCACAGUGGCUCACGCCUGUAAUCCCAGCACUUUGGGAGGCCGAGGUGGGCGGAUCACGAGGUCAGGAGAUCGAGACCAUCCUGGCCAACAUGGUGAAACCAAGUCUCUACUAAAAUACAAAAAAAAAAAAAAAAAUUGGCGUGGCGGCAUGUGCCUGUAGUCCCAGCUCCUCGGGAGGCUGAGGCAGGAGAAUUGCUCAAACCUGGGAGGCAGAGGUUGCAGUGAACCGAGAUCGCGCCACUGCGCUCCAGCCUGGCGACAGAGCGAGAUUCCGUUUCAAAAAAAAAAAAAAAUACCCACAGCUUCGGGCUGCUAAAUGCCUAAAACAGAACAAAACGGAACAACAACAUAAUAAGGCGGGUUGGACAAGUUCUAAUUGUAAAGCAUUGCAAGUAAGUGUCUUUUGCUGUAGAAGGAGGGCCCAUGACUUUCAUAGAAUCUCAGAGAAAGCCAAGAUCAUCAGAUAGUGAGUCUGCCAUUUGAGAGUUUGGGAUUAUGUCCUGUAUGUGUUCUUUCUUUUUCUUUUCUUUCUUUUUGCCUUAAUGCUAAAAGCAGAAAAUUGAGCUUGUAUAAUAUAAGAUUUCUGGGGUGACACCAGGAACUAGGUGGUAGUGGUAGAGAGGUGAAUGGGGCAGAAUUGUGUGUGAUAGCGUAAGAAAGCAAAACAGGGCACAGUGCCUAAUUUUGCUUCACAUUACUCAGUUAUACAAUUUUAAUAGCUAGUUAGAGAAACAGAAAUUGGUAAGGGAAGACAGAAGGCCCAGCAGAGAGAAAUCUGCUGUGAAGACUGUACUUAGUCUCUUUGUUUGUGUGCUAGGCAGAUCAAUACUGCUUCCGGAUAGAGGCCAUUUAACAGCCAUACUCUUUCAUCCCCUUGAGGAAUCUGGGGAAACUGUUAGACCAGGAUACGUACAGCACACACUCCUAAAUGUACCCUCUGUGUUCACCAGGGCAGGCGAACGUCUUGUCCACAGCAAUACACAAAGGGGGCCAGAGAGCGCAGGCAUUGUUUCCUGCCCUCCUCCCACUGAGGCUUGUUUGCAUUCCCUUUCGGAGCAAGAAAUCAAUCAGAUUUGCAUAUAGGGAAAUGUGUAGAACUGUCUUUGGCAGCUUCCGUAGCUAGUGAGCCUGGCUGGAAGAGGAGCUGACCUCUUGCCCAAAGUCCUCUCCUCCUGUCCUCCCUGGUUUCCCAGCUCUCCUCCCUCAGGCCCUCUGGCUCUUUGUGGGAAGGUGUGUGAGCUCCUGGCUUAUUUGUUCAGAAUCAGGCAGAGAUAGGGUGGGUGCUGGGGAAGUCUUGAGAAGCAAGGCUGCGGAUCAACUUGCUCCCUUAUCUGCCUAGGGCUUCCCAGGCACCUGCCACACUGCUCUCCACGGAGCCGAGUCUGCAGAGGCUGUCCUCACUGUGACGCCAGGCUGGUGCUGAGCGGGGCAAAGUCCAGGCUAAUCAUGGCCUACUUCCCAGGGCACCAGGAAAGAUGGAGCUGGUUCCAUCAGCCUCAUGCCCUAGCUCAUUAAAGCUGUCUUUGUUCACCAAGAGCCAGAUCACUGGGGUUUAGGGGAAGCAAAAAGCCAGAAAGCAUUGAUCUUUAGGGGAGAGGGAGUAGGAUAAAGGGUCUUAGUAGUUGCCACAAGAUGUUUUGAGCUGUUCUGAUCACGAUGAGUGGUGUUCACCCCUGACUGAUGUCCCUUUGGGCAGGAACGCGCCAGGCCUUAAAGCCUGGGGUGAGUCACUGUCCUCUAGCCAUGGGCAGAGUCACUGUCCAUGGGGCCGCUUGACAAAGCCCAAGAGUGCCUCAGUGUAAGGCUUGAUGCCCUGAUUCUGGGCUGCUUUGGGGAGGGUUUGGGGUUAUAGGCAGUAUUGUGUUCCAAAUGUGCUGAAACUGAAAAGCAGGUACCUGGCAGGCAUAUCUUUCUGCUGCCAUCUCCCUCCAUGCCCUGUUGGAGAGAGGGCCUACCUCACUGGGAGCCUGAUCUUUUAGCAGGGGCUGUGGUGCUUUGGGAAAAGGACUCUGCACUCACUCUCUUGGCCCUUCUCAGCUGAGGGGCUACUGCCAACAGGAAGCAUGUGUCUGCUGAAUAUGGCUGGCAGGCAGCUCCUGUUUCCAUGGUUACCAAAUAGGGCAGGUUAGUAUUAGGGCUGCCCAAGGAAAAACUGGCAUUGAGGGCAGUGCUUAUGCAGGGGUCUUCCUCCGGCCUACUUUAACCCUCUUUUUGAAUUAGGGGGUGGGCAACAUUUGACCUGAGGUAAUGGAGGUUUCCUUCAAGGACCCACCUGGCUUCCCAGCCAUGGCUUUAAUCACAAGUGUUUCCCUCAGUGCAAAGGAGCGAGCCUUCCAGGUGGCCACAGAAGGGCGGUGGAGUUCACCCUGUAGGACCUUUUCCAGAGCUCAGAGCUGCCUGACUGGGUCCCUCCCUUCCUCAAUCCCUGGGAGUUCCUUAGAAAUGCCCUCCCCUAUCUCGAAAGGGGCAUGGUGUUUAAAAAGCCCUGCAUCCAAAUUUGAUGAGUCCCAAAUCCCAUGCACCAGAUCAUCAGAAAGUGGCCCACUGCCCCAGGUCACAGCCCUUUCACGGGGCUGUGUGAGUAACAGCUUUAAUUAUAAGACAUUAAAAAAUCUAUUUGUGUUUCUAUGUGAUCAGAUACCAGGUUCUUCAGUCUGAGGUUGGAGUCCCUAGCCCUUUGUUCUCUGCUGAGUGGUACACAGUCUGGUCCUCUAUUUCUUUGUAACUAGAAUAAUCAUUGUGGGGAGAAUGGGAGGAAUUGAUCAGCAUAAAUAGGCAACGUUUAAAAGCUUAACAAGUCAGUGAAGGGCACUUUGAGAAUGCAUGCAAUUAUCUUUAGUUACAAAAACAACACAUUAUUUUAGUCUCUCUCCUUGACCGUUUCAGGAGAAAAUUGAUUAAAACCUUUGAGUGCUGCUUCAGAAAUUAUUUUUGGUAUGAAAUAAAAAUAAAAGAUGCUUAGGAAAUGGUUACCUAAUAAGAUUAGUCAUUAUUUAAUCCCAGUGGAACAAAUUCUUUGGGUAUUUUGGAGAUAUUCUUAGAAUAAACAGAGAAAUCCUCAGGUAACAACAGCUGUGGUACCACAGUGACCUAAGUGUCUUUGGUUUUGUUUUUACCCUGGCUGUGGAGCACUUUAUUCGUAAUUCUAUGUGAUUUACAUGUCUGAGUUAUUUGCAUAUUACUUUCAGGAAUGCAUUUCAUUCACGAUUUCUGGGGGAAGGGUGUCUGGGCUUCGGUGUCUCUUGGCUGACUAAUCUCACGAAUUUCUGUGCAGGAUUUCAGUCACUGCUCCCCUCCCUUUUCUCAGGCCUGGGUUGGUGCCUGUCUAGCCUCUUGGGGAGGUUUUUAGCUUGAAGGAAUUGUUAUUUGCUCUCCAAGGAGAAUACCAGGUGAAAAUGGCCCGUUUUGUGGUGGCUGAUGGCCUGAUUGAUGAGUCAUGCUCACAGAACUGCUGGGGCCUGGGCCUGGCUGCUCACACGGACUUACCCUUUGAACUCCAUCUAACGGAAAUGAGGGCAAGCCAGAAAACGCUUCGUCGCAGGUGCAGUACUGGACCUUGGAGGACAGUGGGGACCCACUGACCAGAAAGUCUUCAAGGGCUCUUCCAGCUCAGAAAACCCUUCUGAGUUCUGCCACCUUGGUGCUUCCUUCUAGGUUCUCUGGUGGACUUUCUGUGGCCCGGGAGCCAUCAAGACUGCAGACCAGACCUCCAGAGUCAGAGAGGAGAAUGAGUGAGGGAGGAAAGAAGAAAGGAAGUCAUCGCCCACACUUGCUGUGGCAAUAGAGCCUCACUUAGCAGCUCCAUCCCCAUGUCGACAGGUUGAUGAGGCCGGGCCCUUGCCCUUGCAUGGGUGUGAGACUGUGGCUCUCCAUACCUGCUCACUGGGCCCAGAACAAUUUCCUAUUUUUGUGGGCAGACAUGACCUAGUCCAAAGGCCACGGUCUCCUGAGGAUUUGAUGCUAAUCCCGUUGGAUAUUUCUCAUACCUCCCUCAUGUCUCAUCUGGUAUUGUUCCUUUCUGGACUGAAUAGAUCUUGUUUCUUCCUCAUUACAAGUUUCUGCCUGUGUGAAGUUUUAGAAGGCUUCAGGACACAUUCCAUGUUUGAGGCCGAAGCCACAAAAAGUUAAUAUUUGGAGCAGUAGGAUAGGAGAGGAAGAGCUACAGGCAGAAACCUGGAUUUGAUUUAAAAAAAAAAAAAAGAACUCGUUGAGCAUCCGCUAUAACUGGAAUGAAAGGAAAAGCAGUUAGUUUUCCCUAAAGGUGUUAUGUGGCUGUUGGUAGGGGUAGAGGCCUCAGAUCGCAGGGAAUCCAGGAGGGCCUUGCUUGGCUCGUUGGAUGCGAGGUUUGUGUGCAGGAUCUAGGUUACGCAAAGUGGGUAAUCAGAGUGGUGAUGAGUAAUUAAAGUGAAGGAUUUAAAGGAGGGUGUAGGACAAACAGUUGAGUCAGAAGUGGGUACACAGUCCCCAUCCUCCCAACAGGUUGCCCAGCCAGGUGGGAGGGCAUAGGGCGCUCAGGGUGUUUGCUGACAGACUUGCUAAUUAAACACCAAAAGGCAAUAUUGCUUUGCCAGUAGUGAUGGCUGUGCCAACGUUAUCAGCUGCAAACUGGCUGCCAGGAGCAUCUUAAUUAAAAAUAAACAGCUCUGGAGGUGGGCUUGGGAGAGUGAGGACAGGGAUCCUGCCUGGGUUACUUAGUACAUCCAGGAUUGCUCCUAGGGAAAGUCACUUUUAGGCCACCACCUUUCCUCAAAGGAGCCUCUGUUCAUAACAAGGUGGUGUGAAUGUACAACUUACCCUGCUUCCUUAAACCUCUGGGUGCUGGAGUGACAAGCAAACAGAACCACAGGAGCAGGUUGCAUGGUACAGUUCAGCCCCAGAAGGAAAUGCUGGGUCGGGGGAGAGGGGCUGCUAAUGAUUUCUGCCUGGUCUCUAAAUUGAGGGGACAGCUAAAGCCCAAGGCCUCUUCUAAGAGGGGUUAGAAUUUCAUCAGAAAGCAAGUCUGGUCACAUGAGAAUUUCUGGCACUGUGUGCAUGGCAGGCUGGACACCAGCCUGCGAGAAUUGAGCGAGUGGAUCGUAUUGGCUUCAGCAGAGGGGAAAAGUCCCAGACUAGCCUGGGAGAAGGAGCCGACUCACUCCCCCAGCUGCCGACUUCCCUGACUUCUGGGCAGAAACAGCACAGCUGCUGUGGUGGGCUAGGGCUUUAACGUCCGAAGCCCCCUUUCUUUUAACCCUAAAGAAAGUGUGUGGUCCCCGGGACUGAAGACUGAAAGAUGCCUAAGGAAUGCAGUGCUUUCCACGCCCUCUCAGCAGCUCUGUGCUGCUUCUAUCACCGCAAGUCUUUCAUUGGAGUCAAGUUCUCCAAGGAGAGGCACAUCAUGGACAGGACCCCUGAGAAGCUGAAGAAGGAGCUGGAGGAGGAGCUGCUGCUGAGCAGCGAGGACCUGCGCAGCCAUGCCUGGUACCACGGCCGCAUCCCCCGACAGGUGUCUGAAAACCUUGUGCAGCGAGAUGGCGACUUCCUAGUUCGUGACUCUCUGUCCAGCCCUGGGAACUUUGUCCUGACCUGUCAGUGGAAGAACCUUGCUCAGCACUUCAAAAUCAACCGGACAGUUCUGCGACUCAGCGAGGCCUACAGCCGCGUGCAGUACCAGUUCGAGAUGGAGAGCUUCGACUCUAUCCCCGGCCUGGUGCGCUGCUACGUGGGCAACCGCCGGCCCAUCUCCCAGCAGAGUGGCGCCAUCAUCUUCCAGCCCAUCAACAGGACGGUGCCCCUGCGGUGCCUGGAGGAGCGUUAUGGCACCUCCCCAGGCCAGGCCCGGGAGGGCAGCCUCACCGAGGGAAGGCCGGAUGUGGCCAAGAGGCUGAGCCUCACCAUGGGUGGCGUCCAGGCCCGAGAGCAGAAUUUGCCCAGGGGAAACCUCCUCAGAAACAAAGAAAAGAGUGGUAGCCAGCCAGCCUGCCUGGAUCACAUGCAGGACAGAAGAGCCUUGUCCCUCAAAGCCCACCAGUCAGAGAGCUACCUGCCGAUUGGCUGCAAGCUGCCACCUCAGUCCUCGGGUGUGGACACAAGCCCCUGCCCAAACUCAUCUGUGUUCAGGACGGGAAGCGAGCCCGCCCUGAGCCCAGCAGUGGUUCGGAGGGUCUCCUCGGAUGCCAGGGCCGGGGAGGCGCUGAGGGGAUCAGACAGUCAGUUGUGCCCUAAGCCCCCGCCUAAGCCCUGCAAGGUGCCGUUCCUCAAGGUUCCCUCAUCUCCCUCUGCCUGGCUCAACUCAGAGGCCAACUACUGUGAACUGAACCCAGUGUUUGCCACAGGCUGCGGCAGGGGAGCAAAGCUACCCUUAUGUGCCCAGGGAAGCCACACAGAACUGCUCACAGCCAACCAGAAUGGGGCGCCAGGUCCCCGGAACUCUGGCAUCAACUACCUGAUCCUUGAUGAUGAUGACAGGGAAAGACCUUGGGAACCUGCAGCAGCUCAGAUGAAGAAGGGGCAGUGGAACAAGGGCGAGUUUGUGACGCCCCUCCUGGAGACUGUCUCCUCCUUCAGGCCCAAUGAGUUUGAGUCAAAGUUCCUUCCCCCUGAGAAUAAGCCCCUGGAAACAGCAAUGUUGAAACGUGCAAAAGAACUGUUCACCAACAACGACCCCAAGGUCAUCGCCCAGCACGUACUGAGCAUGGACUGCAGGGUUGCUAGGAUACUUGAAGUCUCUGAAGAGAUGAGGAGGAACAUGGGGGUGAGCUCAGGCCUGGAACUCAUUACCUUGCCUCACGGACACCAGCUGCGCCUGGACAUAAUUGAAAGACACAACACGAUGGCCAUCGGCAUUGCAGUGGACAUUCUGGGCUGCACAGGCACUUUGGAGGACCGAGCAGCCACUCUGAGUAAGAUCAUCCAGGUGGCGGUGGAACUGAAGGAUUCCAUGGGAGACCUCUAUUCCUUCUCAGCUCUCAUGAAAGCCCUGGAAAUGCCACAGAUCACAAGGUUAGAAAAGACGUGGACUGCUCUGCGGCACCAGUACACCCAAACUGCCAUUCUCUAUGAGAAACAGCUGAAGCCCUUCAGCAAACUCCUGCAUGAAGGCAGAGAGUCCACAUGUGUUCCCCCAAACAAUGUAUCAGUCCCACUGCUAAUGCCGCUUGUGACCUUAAUGGAGCGCCAGGCUGUCACUUUUGAAGGAACCGACAUGUGGGAAAAAAACGACCAGAGCUGUGAAAUCAUGCUGAACCAUUUGGCAACAGCGCGAUUCAUGGCCGAGGCUGCAGACAGCUACCGGAUGAAUGCUGAGAGGAUCCUGGCAGGUUUUCAACUCGAUGAAGAAAUGAAUGAAAUCUGCAAGACUGAAUUUCAAAUGCGAUUGCUAUGGGGCAGCAAAGGCGCACAAGUCAAUCAGACAGAGAGAUAUGAGAAAUUCAACCAGAUUUUAACUGCCCUCUCACGUAAAUUGGAACCUCCUCCUGUAAAGCAGGCAGAGUUUUGAUAACUCUCCAGAGAACCUUUAGAAUAUCUUUUCAAGUUUCCCCAGCUUCAUCUUUGGGAAAGCUUACUAUUUGAUGAAGUAAUAAUGUGCAAAUCUGACAAUAUACAAGCUUUUAGUAUCCACAGGAUAUUAAAUGUGUAAAUUGCACAGAGCACACUUAUUUAUGAAUUGUCUACAGUUACUACUGAUUUUAAAAUGAAUAAUUUAUUAUUAAGGUAACUACUGCUAAUGUUGAUCAGCAAAUUUAAGAGAAGACCUAGUUAUGCUGGCUGGUUGCUUUCUAUUAUCAUGGUAUUUGACCAUUUUAGUUUUAAUUCCAUGUCAGAUAAGUGUAAAUAGAAGAGUUUUAAAGCAUGAAACAUUUCAGAAGGUAUCAGUUAUAUGAUAUUCUUUAAACAAAUAUGAAAAAUGUAAAUACUCAUGAAUGAAAAUACAUCUUUUUGUGAAA